CCUCCCGCAGUUCGGGCUGGGGCGAGCCGGAGAGAAGCCGGGGCUGGAGGGCGGGGGGAGGGAGGGAUGAGGAUGAGUGAGGGGGCGGCUUCCUCCCGCAGCCCGGGCUGGCAUCCUUGAGAAGCGGGAGCCGCGGUUCUGUGGCCCGAGCUCCGCGCUGAUUGGAUCGCGGGGAGGAGAAGCGGAGCCCGGGGCUGGGGCAGCGGCGUCUCGGGGGCAGGGGAGGAAGCUCCGGGAGAGAAGAGGGCGGCGAGCCGACGGUCUACGUCUAACCACAUCCGCGCUGCCCGGCCAGAAGCAGCCACAGGCGGCUGUCACCGUUUCCCUCCAUUUUGGAAGAAACAGGGGAUUAAAAAAAAAAAAGAUUGUAUCCCCCCCCUCACCCCACCUUUGCCCUCUUGGGGGGCCGGGGCGGGGAUAGUCGCGCUCAUGGCCUUCAGCCCGUGGCAGAUCCUGUCCCCGGUCCAGUGGGCCAAGUGGACCUGGUCUGCCGUGCACGGCGGAGGUGCUGCUGAUGGCGAGGACCGGGGGCCAGAGGGAGAGGCCGAGGAAGAUGAUUCUCAAGCCGAGACCAAGUCUUUGAGUUUCAGCUCGGAUUCUGAAGGUAAUUUUGAGACUCCUGAAGCAGAAACACCCAUCCAAUCACCUGUAAAGGAGUUGUGUGAUCCAUCCCUGGGAUUAGAAGGACCUGGGGCCAAAACUCAAGGAUUGCAGGAAUUUGAUGAACAGCUGGUAGCAGAAGUGUCUGAAAAGCAUUUGCACGAGGCAUGUCCUGGAUCAUCCGAGAAUGAGGCACCACUACACCUCCUGGCCCCUCUGGCAGACAAGAAUGCUAAUACGGAAGCUGACCUUGAAAUUGGCCAAGUUUCAUCAGUGAUGCCAUUGCUGUUGGAUGCUAAGAAGCCUGGGGAUAUCCCUACAGCAACUUCUGAUCAGGAUUUGUCCUCAAAUGUUUCAGCAGCCCUACAAGAAAACUCAAUGACAGAAGACAACAUGGGACUGACUCUUGAGGCUUCCAGUGAUGCUGAGUCAAAGGCCAAAACCUUGCCUGCAGAUUCUGUGUCUAGCAGAAGCAAGCUUAGGAAACCCAAACCAGUCUCUCUAAGAAUGAGAACAACUGGAGGAGAAUUCUCAGAAACCAAUAGUGUUGUAGAGGACCACCCUAUCCCCAAAGCAUCCUAUCAGGUCAAUCCAGAUGAGCUCGAUGAAAACACCAAUCCUUUCAUGAUAGGAGGUUCCAAGAUCCCCAAUUCUCCUCCUGCAGUGAAACAAACCUUAAGUUCUUCCAAUGGAGAUGCCAGUGAUUCAGGGGUAGAGCUGCUAGAGGAAUCCAGGGGCUCACCUUUGAAACUGGAAUUUGAUAUCUCAGAUGGCCCAGAGAGCACAGGAGUGAAGAAAACCCUUCCUAGGAAACCUGCACCUGGAGGCAGGAAGAUGGUUAGCAAGCUGGCUCUCAGGGCUCAGAAAGAUGGAGUUAGCAAGCCAAGCAUUGCCAAAGGCUUGGAAAAGCCUUCAGGCCUAGCCGAUGAAGAAAUUCCCCUCCAAAAAGCCUCCUCUAAAGUAGAGCCCAACCAGGGGGAUGACUGCAACUUUAACCCCUUUGGGGGCAGCUCCAUUUUGCAGAACUCCCCACCCGUCCCAAAGGGGUCAUAUCACUUUGACCCAGAUAACUUUGAUGACUCCAUGGAUCCCUUUAAGCCUACGAAGACCCUAAGCAACUCUGGGCCAGCUAACUUUUGCUCCUCAGAUGGUAAUGAAGCUAUUGAAAUCUUAGAGUCUCAGCUGUGUGAAGUACAGGGUGAGGAGGUGAAGAAAGGGACAGCUUCCCCCAAGAAGGCAAAGUCGCGUUUGAUAACGACUACUGAACAAGUGAGAUUUCUCUGUUUUCUGUUGAGUGGCUGUAAAGGAAAGAAGUAUGAAGCUCAAUCGCUUACUUUGGAUGUGUGUUCUCAGGAUAAAGGAGCAAUUAUCUCCCAGAUCCCGGACAUUUCAAAUAGGGAUGGCCAUGCCACUGAUGAAGAGAAAUUGGCUUCUACAUCAUCCAGCCAGAAACCAUCUGAGUCCGAGGUGAAAGGUGAGCCAGAAGACGACCUGGAGUACUUUGAAUGUUCCAAUGUUCCUGUGUCUGCCAUAAAUCAUGCGUUUUCAUCCUCAGAAGCAGGCUUAGAAAAGGAUAGCUGUCAGAAGAUGGAGAAGGAUGGAUCCAGUGUACCGGGUGUGUUUGACCUUUGCUCAACUGAGAAAGCCCCUGUGUCUGUGGCAUGUGGAGAUGAAAGUCCCCUGGAUAGCAUCUGUCUCAGUGAAUCAGAUAAAACUGCAGUCCUGACCUUAAUAAGAGAAGAGAUAAUCACUAAAGAAAUUGAAGCAAAUGAAUGGAAGAAAAAAUAUGAAGAGACCCGACAAGAAGUCUUGGAAAUGAGGAAAAUUGUGGCUGAAUACGAAAAAACCAUUGCCCAAAUGAUUGAGGAUGAGCAGAGGACAAAUAUGACCUCUCAGAAGAGCUUCCAGCAGCUGACCAUGGAGAAGGAACAGGCCUUGGCAGACCUGAACUCUGUGGAGAGAUCUCUGUCUGACCUAUUCCGGAGAUAUGAGAACCUCAAGGGAGUCCUUGAAGGGUUUAAGAAGAAUGAAGAGGCUUUGAAAAAAUGUGCUCAAGACUACUUAACUCGAGUCAAGCAAGAGGAGCAGCGAUAUCAAGCCUUGAAACUCCAUGCAGAAGAAAAACUAGACAAAGCCAACGAAGAGAUUGCUCAGGUUCGGACAAAAGCCAAAGCUGAGAGUGCAGCUCUCCAUGCUGGCCUCAGGAAAGAACAGAUGAAAGUGGAGUCUCUAGAAAGAGCCCUUCAGCAGAAGAACCAAGAAAUUGAAGAACUGACAAAGAUCUGUGACGAGCUGAUUGCAAAGCUGGGAAAGACUGGCUGUUAGUCCAGCGUCUCCUCCCUCAGCUGCUUCUUUGUGAUGCCCAAGUGUUUUUGCCUUAUCCAAGAAUAAUCUCCCCAUAGCAGAGAAGGGCACAUGCUUACUGCUCCCUGUUCCGCUUUGCUGCAGACUCAACAGCCCCACCCCCACCCCCCAAAAACAUAAAAGACAGGACAACCCCCCAGAGGUCUCAGUCCCCUCUUGAGUCUGUUUUCAUUUGUUGGUAGUCAGGUUCAGCAAACCAGGAGGCUGGCCGCUAGGUUUGGCUUUCCAGUUUGUGGAUUGUUGUGGUCUGUGUUGUUUCCUGAGGUGAACACCUCUGUGUAGCCUCAAAUUGUGAUUUAGAGUUACCAUCUGAUUAAUUCUUUUCUUUUUCUAAGGUGACAUAACUUUCUUUUUGAAGUUGAUUUUUAUUUGAAGGGAGCAUCUAACUUGUUCAAGUCAAGAGAGGUUCAGUUUGGGUUCGAUACCUCCUGAGUUAACACCUGGUUGUGCUGAGGGAUUUGGAGCUGCUCCCUCUUCUGGGAAACCGCAGAAUUAAGUCAUGGCUCUAGCAGAUGUCCUGGGAUGGUCCCACAGUGGGGACGGGCUUCUGUUUUCUUUUGAAGUUGGUUCCUUUCUUUCUCAAAGUUCACACUGAAGAAUUCAGGAAGUCAGCAGGAAUGAGAUGCUCUGUGAAGGAAAGAAGCCCUUGCGUGGUGGUUUCUGUUACCAUCCUCCUUUAUUGCUGUUUUAGAUCAGUGAUUUGCCUGGGGUGAGGACAAGCAUUUACUCCUUCCAGUGUAGCUGUACUGGUUUGAGUUAGUGCCAGCUUUUCUCAAUAGAUACACAUGGUGCAGACUGGUGACCCUUUUCUGGAUAUGAAAAUGAGAUUUUUUUUUAAUUUAAAGAAAUCAAUUACCUUUUCACUUGAACUGUGCAAAUAACUCCACCCUUAGAAAAGAUUUACGUAAUCUUAAUCCAGUUAGAAAUUGAUUACAGUUUCCCUCCACCACCUCCAUCUUGGGAGGGAGGGUAUAAGAAGGAGAAAUUAGGAGAAGCAUUCCAGCUUUUUAAUAUUUUAGAAUUGAUAUAACAUUCUUCUCUAGAACCUGGUAUGAGAUUUUAACACUAUAAGGACCAGAAUUGAAGAAUAACUUGAAGGGCCAAGCCUAUGUUUUGCUUUAUUUGACACACUUGAUUCAAAAAGACUUCCAUUACCAGGAUUUUUAACAACAAACUUUUUGUUAAAACCAGGGGAGUUAAAAAAAGUUAUAUAUAAAGUGCUCUGAGACUCAGCACCCUUUGUAUUACAGUUUGAAGAAAAAAAAACUCUGUAAGGGAAAAAUCAGUAUUGACAGAAUCUCUUUUUGUUGCCUUUUAUAGACAGAAAGAUCAGCACGCGUUCAUCUCGUUGGCUACUGGGUGGUAGUGUUCAGUCCAAUGCCAGUGCAUUCCCCUCCUCGUGAGCUAAGCCAAAUCCAUGCAGCCCUUUGGCAUCACUUAUUUUUGCUUGAACUUAUUACCUGCAAGGACUUCAUUGUGAUCUGUGCAGUAUUUUGAAUGUGUGUGAUUGUCAUACUGUAAUUUUGAUGCUGUUGCAUGAUCCAACUUUUGCAGUGAACAGUGGUGGCCCUCCAUAAAUCCAAAAUUUGCAGAUCUCUUUUCCUGUGAGUUCUUCACUCUUCAGUCACAACUCAGUAUUUCUUUGAAAGGUGAGAAUCCUAUUCUAUUAAAAUGCAGCUCCCAUAGUUGGUGCUUUUGAAAGCCUUUAGUAUCUAAACAUUUGUGCAGCAACAAGGAAAAAUUAAAGGAAAAAAUGGAACAGCAAAAGAAAAAAUAACUUUGUGUCACUCAAUUUAGGACAAUCAUUUGGACUUUUGAAAGCAGUUAUUGGGGCUUAAGGGGAUUUUUGCUGCACCUUACAGAUACUGAAUGGAAAAGUUUCCAGGCAGUGGAGUAAUGCGUUGGUUUCUUCUUUGAGCUAUGAUUCUAAAACCCUAUGUGAAAAUAAUCCAGGCAUUAGGAAAAGGGAAAGUUUACAGAACCUUUCUGCUGCUAGCCAACAUAGAUAGGAAGUGUAGAUAGGAAGUGUCCGUGUCUGUUUGUUUGCUCUCAGUCUGUCCUACACAUGGAGUGCAUGUAGCCGUUUCAGCUGGAUCGUGGAGUCACGGUCUCUUAGGAGCCAAAGAGCACUAGUGCUAUGUGUUAAAUUGAUGAUGACAAUCCCCUUUUGGCCCACAAGUUAGCAGCCAACUUUGGUUGCCAUUGUAUAUAGACCCUAGCAAAUGGAGGUGCAGUGUAGGAAAUGUGAAAGGGCCCUAUUUUCUUAAAGACUAAUAUUUCAACUGUUGACUAAUACUUACUCACCAAUGCUCCAAUAGCACUGAAAGUUAGCACUUGGUAGGACAAGCUUGUAAGUACCUUAGGCAUCUGUCCAAUCAUGAAAUAGCCUGGGCAAAACGAAGUAGGUUGAGUUUGGGAGCAUAAAACAACCCUAAUGCCCUAAUGCCUAGGCUAACAGCCUAGCUCUCGCCUUCAACAUAAUUGAGAGCUAAGGGAACUAUAUUCUUGUAAGUAUUUGAAUGUCCAGUUGAAAAAAAAAAAGUGCUGGGGCCCCUCUACUCUGCCACCUCAGACACAACUUCUGCAGUAGAUUUUGGGGGUAUUUUGGAUAAUGCUUGGGAGGUAGGACCAGGACUUUGUUCUUUGGUUCUCAAAAAAUAGAUGGUUGACUUUGCCAAAGUGUCGCUAUUUUUGUCUAAAAUUAUUUUUGUUGGAGCAUCUGAUGUCUCAUGGUAGGAAUUAGCCUUUUUUUUCCAUGGAGUCGAGGUUGGACAGUAGCUGUCAGUGAUGGUGAAUCUUCCAGAGUUUUGCUUUAUUUGGAGAAAUGCCUUGAAGUCUGGCUGCAUGACUGACUCAGCCCCCAAACCCCUUGUUCUGCACAACUCGAGAGAUGCAUUUCUAGCUCUCUUUAACCCUGGCCCAAAUUAGGAAGUUAAGAAACACAUGACAGUGAAAAAUGAUGAAGGUUUUGGAAGCAUUCCAGAGUAUUACAGAAUCCAGUUUUAUGUUUGGGUGAGGACUCAGGUUGAAUUUUCCCUUAUUUCAACCUCGUCUCCUUCCCAUCUAGUCCAUCCUACUUUUGUCAUUCAUCCCCCACAUUGACAUUUAGAAACUAUAUUCUCAAUUAUAAUGAUUUGAGUUCAUCCACAAACUCACAAUGAUGCACAAAGGUAGGCAGGGCUGAAUGAUUUCCUUAAAGACAGUGUUUCCCAUUUGCUUUUAAAUACAGUCUUAGUGCUGUUUUAAGCUUUAAUGGCUGUGAAAUUAUAUUUAAAUAUUUUUAUAGCUAUUAAAUAAUGUUCAAGCUUUGUGUACUGAAGUUUAAAAUGGCACUAAGAUUUUUGGGACACACAGUAUAAGUAAAAUCCCGUAGCAAAAUCUAAACCCAAAUCUUCAGUUUUGAUGAAUAGGCCUCAUAAUUAGAGUGGCUGGCCUUUAGAAUCAUUGAGGGGAGGGAGGCAGGGAGAACCCCAACACAUGUUUUUCUAAAUCCAUUUCCUCUGUAUUUUCACUGUGGUUCACAGGACAUGCAAAGUCCUUAAAAUAGCUGCAGGUUGCAGUGCCUUUGGCUUCUUGAGGCAGCUCCCACAAGCCCACGGCCUUGCCCAGGAUCGUGCCAUACAUUUGUUUUUCACCUCUCCUUUUUUUUCCUUCUUUUUGUUUCAAAAGAAUGACAUUUAAAGAUUUUGAAGAACCUCUUACCUUCACAGUAUUAAGAAAGUUCUCACGACUUUCUCAAACUGACAGCAUUACAAUUUUGUGUGUGUUUUGUGGAUCAAACAUUAUUCACCUCAGGUAAUUACAGGGAGGAGUUUAGAAGGCCUGUCCUAUGGGUCCCAUUAGUAGGGUUAGAAAGAUACACAACAGGGUCUGAAGCUUAAUUGUUCCCUUAAAGGUGAUAACCAUAUUUUACCAUUCCCUUUGAAUACAAGUAAAUAACCACAUAAUACGGCUUCCACAUCUGUGAGAAGAGGAAUAAACUAGAUUUUGCCAGCUGAGCCUCUAGUAUGAAAGAUGGAGAAAUGCAGUGAGCCCCUCCUCUUCUCUAGAGCAGUGUUUUGUCAAAUGUGAUUUGUCCCCAGAUGUUUGAACCAACCUCGAAGAACCUUGCAUCCUCUGUGGAGGCCUACUAGUAAUCACACACCUAGGAGAAUCUACACUAACAGGAAAAUCAUUCUUAAGUCAUGUCGCCAUGAGUCUUCAGUCCCUGCAUUGGCAGAAUGGAUACAGGCAGGUUUGUUUGGCAUGCUGGUCCUUCGGUUUUUGGUGAAACUCCUCCCUUGGGUUUACUUUCUUGAAACUUCUGUAGGGUCCACUUUGAGAAAUACUGUUCUAGACUUGGCAAAGCACUUUUUAGGGGCAGCAUUCUUCAGCAGUAGAUGAGCCCUCUCUCUGCCUGUAACAAUGUCUUAACAUAUUCAUAGCGUAUUCAUAGGUAGUCAUCCAGAGUCAAUUCCUUCUUUUUUGUUUUGCCUUAUCAGCCUGCACUUAGACUUGAACAAGCAAGAUUCCUACUAAUGGUUUCUUAGCUAUAAUAUAUUUAGUGACUCUUAGUUUCUAUUGUUAUCUCAUGGAUACUAAGUGCAUGACUUUACACCUGUGGUAUUCUAUCACCUAAAUACAAAGGGAGGCCAGGCAUGCAGCCAAGCUGUCUUCAUAUUUUCGAAUAGUUCUUUAUUUUUAGAGCUAUUAAAGACUGUAUUGUCCUCUGCCUAAAGUGGCAUCUCAGAUCCAUUCUAAAGAAGUACUCUGCCAGUCAAAUUUUUAAAUCAGUUUGACAAACAUGUAUUAAGUCUAUGUUGGUUCUGGGGAAGAUCCAAAUUUCAGCUAGUUCAGGCCCUGGUGGAGUGCCCAGGCUAAUAACUGUAAUCUUCUGUAUUUACUUGAUAACUCAAAUGGUCUUGUAGUCAUGAGAAUUGGAACUCUAAGCCCACCCCCAGGUCUUAACUCAAUCUAACCUGGAGUCUUCUUUGUGGUUCCAGAUGCCCCUUUUAAUUCUCAAAGGUGCCAGUAUGUUCCUCAGUGUUGCUGUCAGUACAAGUACAUUGCCAAUAGAUUUCCAUAUAUAGUAACAAAUGUGCCAAUAAGUGACCACCCUAAUUGCACACCUGCUUUCGCUGUGCCCCUGUGACUGCCAUACAGUGAGUGAUUGAUUACCCUCCCAUAGGGAGGAGUGAAAGCUGCUUGACUCCUACCAGGAUUGCAUUGUAUAUGUAAUGAUCAUCUACAUAAAUUUUAUAUGUACAAUAAUUUCCCUUUUUAUAUGUCAGGUAAAUAUUUGUAAGAGUUAUACUUACACAAAUGGAAUUAUUAUAAUAAGUACUAAUAUAUUUUUUUCAUGUUUCAUUGCCUGAAUAAAAACUGUUUAUCACUGUU